UUCAGCUGAAGCAGAGCCUCAGUAGUUUUCCUGCGUUCCUGACGGAAGCAUAGCUUAUUUCUUGAUACUUAUUGCAUUAAAAAUUGCAUCGUUGUUUGCCGUCGAGUACUGUCGAAUAAGUGUGCGACUUUUUGUGAUAAAAUGAAGAAAAUAGACACUCCCGAACUACGUGUCAUUGGACGGUCAAUCGCUCUUUGCAAGUAUAACACGGUGGCGAUCAAUUGUAGUGAUCAUGACUCAGAAUCGUUUGUUAUCGGUAAGAAGCCGCUGGAACCUGGCCAAGUAUUUGUCAUAAAGAUAAAGAGGACAAAUAAUAAAGAUUUCAACGAACAACCAAUUCGAUUUUCUCUGGUUAAUCAUUGUAAGAGUCCACAAACUCUGGACGUGGGUGAUUACGAAAAGUUACCCUUAAGUAAAAUUGAAACGUUUGACACAUAUGCUACAUUAUUAAGACCGACUCGUCUUUUCAGAGGAGAGGAUUACGACUUACAUAAGGAAUUCAAAACAUAUAAAAAUACUAUGCAGACACGUUACAGUAGUGUUCUAUUUAAUAUUUUGGAACAGCUCGAUAUCUUGCUCUGCAAUGCUGGCAAGGAUUUGGACAAGAUAUCUAAAGAUUACAUAGGUAUAUUUUACUUUCAUAAACCUGGCAGUCGUAUUUACCAUAUGUAUACAUUAUCUAGAAGAGGUUGCUUUGUAAAGCAUUUCUACUUACCGAAAAAGACAAUAUACGUGUUGAUGGAAAUGAACAAAUGCGUAAGCCAAAUUCAUACGAUUUCAUUGUAUGAUGCCCCACUCUCUCAGGACUCCUGCUGCAAAGAUUUUAAGCGUAUAUGGUGCAAAUUAAUGAAAUGGAUAAUGAAGUUUUUAAAGAAGUUAUUCGCCCAAAAUCACGAUGGGAACAGUAGCAAUUCACUCUUGUCACAAAUAUACGCAGGAAUAACUGGUUUUCUUGGGACAAAUGUGGAAAAAGAGAAGAAAAUGUAAAAUGUGUGUGCAACAAAAAUACGAAA